AUGCCUAGUGAUCAGUCGACAAGUAGUACGAACUUUAAUUCCUUCGUUAAAGGACCCAAACAUAUGUUCAAAUUAUUGGGCAUCAAACUGCAAAAGCAGGGGAACUUAAUCUCUACAGUGUAUACUGCUUUCGUAGUGAUUAGUGCAACCAUUGUCGCAAUACUGCAACUGUGGCAGAUUCUGACUAGCGACACUUCAGACCCUCACCGUGUGCAAAAUGUAGUUUUCAUAACGUAUUUUACAGUGGGUCUGGGCAAGAUUUUGAAUAUCUUAUAUCGUCGUUCAAUUUUGAUCGAAUGUUUAUCGGAAUUGGAAGAAAUCUAUCCCGAUAAAGAAAUGGAACGGAAGUACAAUCUCGAGCAUUAUCUUAAACGAUAUAGGAGGGCCGAAUACUUUUUCUGGAACUUUGCUAUGUUUCUUAUAUCAGUUUAUAACUUGGAGACUAUUGUGCGUUCAUUCUUGCAAUUGUACCUUACGGGCCGUUACGGUUAUUUGCUGUUAGUCCGGAUUUACACACCGUUUCCUUACGAUGGCAAGCUAUUGGUCUACCUUUGCUAUUUUACUUUGGGAAGCAUAACUGGUGCUUGGAUUGCCGUUAUUAUUGCCGCAACUGAUUUAUAUUUACUUGGUUGCGUUUUACAAUUGUGUUUGCAUUUCGAAUUGUUGACGAAACAAUUAAUGGAAUUAGAUACAAGGAUAUUGACUGAAUCGGAAGCCAUUAAAAAAUUAAAUGCUAUCGCAAAAUAUCAAAGUGAGCUGAUUAGAUUGUCGCGAAAAGUUAAUCGAACGUUUUCUGGCUCAAUGAUAGUCAGUUUAUCGGCAGCUUCGUUCAUCAUAUGUUUUUUGCUUUUUCAAUUGCUAGGCGACGUUCAGCUUGUAGAUAUCGCUAUGGUUCUGAUUUUGUUAUUAAACGAGAGCAAGCAAGUAUUGCUUAUCUGCUAUUGUGGCGACAAACUUUUGAUUUCGAGUCAACGCUUUAACGAGAGUCUUUAUAUGCAUAACUGGGUUGACGGUUCUGUGCGCUAUCAACGUCAUCUAUUAUUUAUGCUUUUGUACGCACAUAAUCCAAUUAUGUUGAAUCUCUUAGAUAUAACCGAUAUAACAUUAGUCACAUUGAAGGAGGUUUAUGGUGCUGCUUAUCGUUUUUUUACCGUUCUGAAAACCGCAUAG